ACUACAACAGUUCGAUCUUUGUCUCAAAAUCGGUAAUUUUACACCCUUUACAUAAAAAAGUUUGUUAGAAUAGAAUUAAGUUUUUAUGAAAUCGAAUCCCCAGAAUGAUUCCUAUAUGGCAAUUCAUGCUGGGAGUUUGUGUAGGAAUGGUUGCUUUAGUACUGACGCGACCACAAGCACUUAAUUAUCGUGACGAAAGCCGCGGUGAUACUCGUGGAAGAUCUAGAGAAAGCUUUAUUACUAAGCCCGGAGAUGUCUGCGUUAUAUGCGUGAAGGUUAUGCAGAUUGAUAAUAUGACCAAGCUCCGUUGCGGACAUGCGUUGCACGACGCCUGCUACAACAAGUGUAGAUGUCAUUCAAAUAAUUGCCCGGUUUGUGGAGAGCACAUGUGAAAUAUAUUCGUCAUGGUCACUAUUUCUGAAAAUUUGUAAUACUUUACUCGAUCACAGAAUUUGUUUUAAAGAUAAGCAUUGCUUUGAGUUGAGUAAAAGCUUAAACAGACGGCUGCGUUGAUCGGGAUCAACUGCGACUUAAUCCGGAUCAACUGCAGUUAAUUCCCGAGUUGAUCCGGAUCAACGCUGCCGUCUGUUUAAGCUCUAAGUUUACGACAAUUAAUCCUCAAAUAAAAAUUAAAUUCACUAUGUAGUAGACUGAA